AUGCCAGCUAAGCAGAAGAGGCAAGCUAAAAAAGAGGCUAAAUGGUUAGAAGCACGGAGCUGGCGACAUGUGCUUUUAUUUUCCAACUGCAUGCUUGGGUAUGGUUUAUAUUUCAACGUUGACAUCUUGAGUGCACUACAGAGGGAUCUUCAGGGAGCAGAUACUGGAAGUUGCGAUAAUAUUACUUCUAAUGCCUCGUGCUGUCAGGACUGUGUGGGUUUAGGACCUGAUCGUUACAACCAAUUAUAUGCCGCCUAUGCCUGGAUGGCUGCAGCGACUGUAAUACCCGCUGGAUACUUCGUCGACAGAUUUGGAAAUCGAGUUUCCUCCAUCCUAUCGACAUCUGUUGCUUGGUUAGGGACAGUGUUAUUCGCCGCUGCCGUAACUGGUCAGCUGCGAGGAUCCUUUCUUAUGUUCCCUUUAAUGUAUGUUAGCCGUUUUCUCCUUGGAGCAGGAGCAGGAAUGGCCUUAAUUGUCCAAGAACGUAUUUUGUGUGUGUGGUUUCCCGAUAACCUUUCCAUGGUCUUCAGCAUCAAUGUGGUCGGUCUACGUAUGGGAAACGUUUCUAACUUUCUCCUCAGUGCCAAUAUAGCAAACUGGAUCGGUCUGACGAAGGCGCUUUGGGUCGGGGCAGCCAUCUGCAGUACAACUGUUGUAAGUGCAGUUAUUCUUUCACUACUUGAUUUCUACGGACAAAAGAAUUCAGACAAAGAACUAACUCAUAUUCCUGAUAGAGCUGAGAAUUCUAUAACAAUAUACAGACAAUUACAAAAUAUUCGCGUCCUACCAAGAAUGUUUUGGCUCCUGUGUGUAACAACAGUCUGUUACUAUGCUGCUUAUCUCCCCGUGGUCAGUAAUGGCAGCAAAUACAUCCAAGACAGAUAUGGGUUAUCCAAGACAACAUCUGCAUACUACGUUGGAGCUGUUUACGAUGUAUCCAUCAUCCUCCCACCGUUCCUAGGAAUAUUUUUGAAAAGGUUUCGCUGUACUGGGACCUUGUUGAGUUGCUCCGCCUUAAUGACUGUACCAGUAUAUUUAUUACUGUCUUUCUGCCCGAGUAUACACCCGUUGGUGCUGACAACAUACCUGGGAGUUACAUAUACUACAUUUGCUGUGUGUAUUUGGCCAUGUUUUGCUAUGCUGGUGAGCCCCGAUAUAUUCGGAACUUCUUCAGGAAUUGUCAUUUUGAUACAAUAUGGAGGAGUUGGAAUGAUAAAUCUAGCAGUUGGGAAAAUUAUGGGAGCAAAUGAAAGUGUGGAUACAGUAGAAUUAUUAUCUAAAUACCAAACCAUGUUCUGGCUGCUAUUCGCACUUUCUGUUACAUCAGCUUUGUUCAGCAUUGCAACCAACAUAGCAGACAAUCAUCAGAACAAUGUACUGAACCCUAUUCUAAUAAAAGACACACUACCUGUUUCCAUCAAUGACGAGACAUCGCCACUGUUACAAUCUCCACAAGAUAAAAUAAAUACCUAA